AGUGGCAAGAUCUACCAGAAGUUGAGAACCCAGCCUGCAACUGGGGCCCACCGCCCAGCGACACGGAGCCCUGAGCGGACGCCUAAAACCCAUGGCGCCGCCGCCACGUUGCCUCCCCUGAUGGCGGCCGCCUCCACCUCCCCCCAUUCCGCCGCCGCCGCCACCCACGUCGACGACCUCCACGGAUUCCUCCGCAGCGGUCUCCGCACCCACGACGCUGUCCUCCGCACCCACGCCUUCCUCCUCCGCCGCGGCCUCCUCCUUGGCCACCCCGUCCCCGCCGGCCUCCUCCUCACCGCCUCCGCCUGCUCCGCGGCCUCGCCGCCCGCCCACCUCCUAAGGCUCCUCCGCCACCUGCCCCCUCCGCUCCCGCUCUUCUCAAUCGACGCCGCCCUCCGCGCCCUCGCCCCGCGCAUCCCCUUCUCCGCGCUCCUCUCCCUCUUCGCGGCCCUCCUCCGCUCGCAUCAUCCCCUCUUCCCCGACCGCUUCUCCUUCCCGCCUCUCCUCUCCGCCGCCGCAUCCGCGUCCCCGCGUGUCCACCUCCCCUCCGCGCUCGCCCUCCACGCGCAGGUUCUCCGCCGCGGCCUCCUCUACUCGCCGCCGCCCCACGCCGCCAACGCACUCCUCCACUUCUACGCAGCUGCUGGGCGUCUCCCAUCCGCCCGCCACCUAUUCGACGAAAUGCCGUUCAGGGACAUCGCGUCCUUGAACACCAUGAUGACAGCAUAUACUGGCGCACCGGGUGGCCUUGAUGCCGCGCGCCAGCUGUUCGAUGGAAUGCUCCUGAGAAAUGUGGUGUCUUGGAACGUCAUGGUUAAUGGCUACGUGAAGGCAAAGCGGCCGGAGCAAGCACUGGAGGUGGUCAGGUGGAUGGCUGAGGUAGGGGUGAGGGGUACAGCAACAACAGUGGUAGGGGCAGCCACAGCAUGCACCAGGUUGGGGAGGUUGCGGGCUGGGAGGGAGGUGCAUUGCGCGUUCUUGCGCCGUUUUGAGGAUGAUAACCUGUUAGUUUGGACCACAUUGGUUGAUAUGUAUGCCAAGUGCCGGAGGGUCUUUGCCGCAAGGAAGGUGUUUGAUCGGCUCAGCAUGAGGAACCUGGUAUGCUGGAAUGCAAUGAUCAUCGGGCAUUGUGUUUACGGAGAGCCUUAUGAUGGGAUCAAGCUGUUCCAUGAGAUGAUUGGGCCAGGUAAUGUGCAACCAGAUGGGGUCACCCUCAUCGGUGUUCUCUGCGCCUGUGCUCGUUUAGGUCUCUUGGAUGAUGGGAAGGCAUAUUUUGAGCAGAUGAGGACCAUGUACAACCUCAAACCGACAUUUGCUCACUAUUGGUGCAUGGCCAAUCUGUAUGGAAAGGUUGGGCUUCCAGAAGAAGCCGAGGACCUCUUACGGAGUGUACCGGAUGAUCUGAAGUCCCGGGCAUUGGGUGGCUUACUUGGGCUGUGCCGGUUCCGGGGGGAAUGGGCAACUGGGGAACGGAUUGCCCUCAGGUUGAUCGAGCUGGAACCGAGCAACAAUGCUCACUAUGCACUGCUUUGCAGUGUGUAUGCCGCUGCGGGAAGAUGGGAAGAUGCUCACAGGGUGAAGGCUGUCAUGAAGGAAAGAGACGAGAGGUUCAGCCCUGGAUAUCGUCUCUCAAACUUAAAUGAGAUUGUCCAUGAAUACAGAGUUAGGGAGAGGCAACCUGAGAGUCAGGAGAUGUAUGCUGUCCUAGAUGAGUUGGCAUCAAGGCUGAGAAUAGAUUGCAGAUGGAAUGAGCAAAAUGAAUCUGGAAUAGAAUAGCUCAGAUGCACCGACGGAUCAUUUUGGACCUGCAUAGUUUUGAAUGAGCAGCUUCACAGGGCUAAGCGAGACAAUUUGAAGUAGUGUAUAUUCAGAUGUAACUCUUUGUGCAAAACCACUUGUGAGUAUGUUGCUAGAAUAGAAGCAUUUAGGGGUGGCAAUUUACACAUGCUGAAACAUGGGCAACCUUGUGUGCUUGUGUGACUGACCUGCAAAAGCAAGCACGCUGCCUGAAAGGGAGCCCUCUUGGCCUUGAGAAGAAUGAGGUCUUGACUCUUGAGGUGUCGACUAACUGCUAGCAGGCCAAGAAAACCACAAGCUGGGUGUUCUAAGAUUGGAUGAAACAGGGCAGGAUGCAUGGUCAUAACCUUAUUGGUUAAACAUCUAAUUUCCUGUGGUGAUGAAGGGAUGGUACAGCUACGUUUUUUUUCUGCCUUUUGUUUUUGUCUCAUUGCCAUUGGCAUGUAGAGAUUCAGUCUUUUGACAAUUUUGCAGCGGGUGCUUAGUAUUGUUAUGUGGUGUAGACAUGAUGAAUGCCAUUUUGAGCCAUUGGUGGUUGUAGGAAAAAAGAGAGAGGGUAGAGAAUGAAUAAUUAGACACACACUGAUUCAUCACAUUUGUGUUACACUGCUGGACAAGUCAAAUAAUUGACUGAUAGUUUUCUUUUGAAAAUAAUUCUAGGGGUGAAAGGGUGCGAAUGGUCCAUUCUCCUGUGCUGUGCUUGUGUGGCAGGAACAUUGGAGGAGACAUUGCACCAGGCAGAAGAGGCAAGCUGGACACACAGGACAGAACAGAUGGCUAUGAUCUGAUAACAAGAAAGCCAGCCACUUGUGGGGCCCGGCCCUCCUCCAUCCUCGCGAGACAGCAGUGCCCUGGUUUCGUCAGCGAGUGAAGGGGCGGUUCUUGCUCUGGCUCCUCCAUGAGCAGCACGGCGGUGGUGACCUCGCCCUCAUGCAAGGAACUCAUCUACAGUCUACACCGCCCAGCUCUCUGAGAAGACCCAGCGCUGUGCCGGCCUGCUUGUGUGGGGCUUCCUCACCUGGUUGCGUCAUGUCAUGGAGGGAGGGAUUUAGCUUCUGAUGUGGCUACCAACCCCUGCAGAGCGACAAUACAACGCAAAUGCUGUGAUUUCAUUGCUUUUAAGCCUGCUUGUUUCAUCCUGGGUUUAGGGGUUUGGUUUUGUCUUGUUUCAUCAGGCCUAGGCAGCCAGCACGCAGGGUUUGUGAUGCUUCGGUUUCUCAUGUGGGCCAGUAACUUUUCGCUGGUUGAUGGAUGGAUAAAUUCUACCGCUCUGUUGUGUUACGUUUCAUGGAACACUUGCUUCACAAAACCGUAUCACAUUGAUUUUAUGUCCUCCCCUUUGGCAUGAGUUGGCCACUCCGCUUCGUAAGCUCCUUUUCAUCUUGAUUUGAUUUCAUCAGAAUUGGAUUUGGUCGAAUUCCGUGUGUUUUUUUCAUCCAAUCCAACUUCAGAUUUUCUCAACUAUUGGUGUCAUUCAUUAUCUCUGCUCUGCUCCCUCCAAAACUGAAAACGACAUUGCUAACGUUGGAGUGUUUGUUGGUAUCUGCUGCGCCUGCGCUACUUAAUUAGGAAGCACACUUCUUUGGAUUUCCUUCCUUCCUGGCAUGCUGUUAAGCCAGCUGUUUUUCUCUGUGGUUUAUGCCACUUCUUUUGUGCCAAAUGUCCAUCCCAUGCUCCUACUUGACAGUUGGAUAUGUUUCCUGCCAGCUAACCCCCCCCCCCCCCCCCCCCAAAUUCUUGACAGGGGCUAAAACAAUAAAUUUGUUCUGGCCUAACUGGUUCCUGAUGCAUCCUAUGUGCUAUUCUGCAUAAGUUAUAUUGUCUAUACCCUUUCUGCUAGAUAUAUGUAUGCAUCCAUGUGAAUUCUUGCCCCUGACGGUCUCCCUUUAUGCCUUGUGUUUGCACAGGUAUGCUGCAUGGAGUAGUACAGCUGGGCAGGGAGCUCACAUUGUUGGAGAGGGACCUCUUCUCCAGGGCCUACAAUAGUGUUGUUGAUGAAAAGUGUGCGGUAUGGCAUAUUCUCACAUCUUUUCAGCUUGAGCAGGGGGCGAAAGGUAACCAGAUAGCCGAAAAGGCAGCUAGAGAGUUCCGGUUAAAGGUAGAUGGCUGAAUACUUUGCAUAAGAAAGGAAAUAGCUCAACCACUUACUAUGUAACUAGCACCUCUUUUGUUUGGCAACUGCUGCCGUAAUCCUGAAAUAAAUUUUAUGUUCCAGAUGUUUUAAUUUCAAAUUCAAAAAUCCGUUUACUCCUCAGCAUGAAACUUUGUUAUUUUGAUCUUAUCACUUCAUGUUCUCCAUAUAAAUUAGAUGUGACAUGGACUCCACUUCUUAUUUUUAUCUGCUGCUCUUUUCCAUCAUCUGUGAAUAUAACUAUGGGCGGUGCAGCAUAGCGCGCCUAUCCGCCUAGUAAUUCACUUAAUGUUCAGAUAGGUCUGCACUCUGCAAAGUAGCACUCCUGACAGCAGGUUUUGGACAAUGCAGUUGUACAGCUUAUCUAGGGUGUGUGUAGUUGGUGAAAUGAAAAUUUUUGGGUGUCACAUCGAAUGUUUGACCAGACGUCGGGAGGGAUUUUCGGGCACUAAUUAAAAAACUAAUUUCAGAACUCACCUGGAAACCACGAGACGAAUCUUUUGAGGACUUUGACCGCAUCAUUAGCACAUGGGGGUUACUGUAGCACUUAUGGCUAAUCAUGCACUAAUUAGACUCAAAAGAUUCGUCUCGUCGUGUACAUCCAAAUUGUGCAAUUAGUUUUGUUUUUUAACUACAUUUAAUAUUCCAUUCAAGUGUCCAAAGGGGGAGGCAAAAAUUUUUGGAUGAAAAUUUUUGGUAACUAAACCAGGCCCGAAUUUGUGAGAACUUGAUUAACAUAUAAAGGAUAUUCAGUGUGAGCAAUUCAUUUGACAGAAUAGAGCUAUAAAGACCACAUGUACUUGUAAAUAUAUAGAAGGUGGAGUUUACUAAAGUGAUGAUUGUCAGUGACUUAUGGUGCACAUGUGUUGAUAACAUGAGGCCUUUGAGUCACUUUAGUGAAGCAUGGUCAGACAUAUUUGUACUCAAAUUCUCAAUCACCUUUAACAUUAACUAAAUGUCUAGAUGUGUCUGCAGAGCAACCACCCCAGACAACAGGUUUUAGAAAAAUUCAGUGACGCAUGUUAUCAUAUUUUUUAGGACUUACAACUUAAGGUGAAGCAUUCCAUUUCCAUGAUACUUAGGGUGAAACAUUCCAUUUCCAUGAUUGGCAAAGAAAGGGUUAGUGAGCAGCAAUACAAAGGUUUGUUGACAGAACAGAGAGACAAAGUCUGACAAAGCAGGAAUUCACUUGUAAUUAUAUGAAGAAUUGCAUAAAUUGCUGUUCUUGUUCAAUAAUUUGAUCAAGAAGUACAAUGCAGUACUGAUACCGGAGAGAUGUGCAUUUCUGGGGAAUUUAUGCUGAUGUGCAUUGUGGUCCAACAAAAUCCUGGAAAGAAGCGCUUGCUGGCUGGAGGGCGCGCCAGGUGAACGAAAGGACUGGGGAGGUAGCUGAUCAUUCAGAGCCGGCGCCCGGCGCACCUGGCUUGUGCAGCUGUGCGCAUCGCUUUGGGUACCGGCCGGAACCUGGUAGGAUUCGGUGAGGUGUUUGAGACGCCGGUAUCCCGUGAGCUGAUGGAGCGCCCGAGACCGACGCCUGGAGUACAUGCAAGCGAGCAAGCGAGCCGACGGUGGUGCAUGGUUGCCGUGCUUAAUGAUGUUACCUUUUCUCUGAGUUCGGAUGGUCUCGGACUCUCAGGUGCUGUUCCAUGUGGGACAAGCUAGUGUGUCUGAACAUUUUGGAAUCGUCUUUUAAUUGAUGAUCUAGCCGCGUAGUGUGCACACAGCUGUAUCAUUGAACGACUGGUCAGAAACAGAGAAAAAUCUUUCGCUACUGGAUUGGAGGAA